AAACUGAAAAAUUUUUCAUCGGACAAGAAGAGAGUGGACAGACCAGGUAGAAACUCUAAUACUGAUAAUUAAUAACAUUAGAAACUAAAUCUGUAACUUGAAAUAUGGACGGCUUGAAAGCAGGAUUUAACAAAAUGUUCUCACUACUGGAGGGGAAAACCAGUUAUUUUGUGACCAUUAUUGGCCUUUUUGUUUACCAUGUUGUGUUUGAUAAGCAGUUGACUUGCUUGACUAAACCUGGUGUUAACCCAAAGGAUUGGCCGACCCAAUAUGAGUGUAAUGUCUACAUUGCAAUGCCACCUUUUAUAUUGUUUUUCCUGAUUCUCUGGCUGGAUGGAGAGUUUCGACAAGUUUGGACAAUUGUGUAUAGAUGUGGAAGGGAUUUUUGGCAAAGACUUUUUUCAGCCCUCUUCAAGGCGACUGCAAUCGGGUUACUAUGGGUUGUAUCAGUGUUGUUGGAUGGAGACUGGUACGCGUGUCAAAACAGAGAAGAACUCCUUGGGUUAAACACAAACGGCACUUACACAGAUCAACUUAAACGCAAGUCAGUGGUUAUUGGCUUAGAGGUGACCCUGGGCCUGGUGAUUUUAGUUGCUAUUUUUAAUGCAGUACCUUACUGGUGUUACCCCUGUUGCUGCUGUGAGAGAACAAAAGAGAGCAGGACUGAAGAUAAAAAGUGCUGCUCGGCUUGUUGCUACACUUUAUGUAGGUCAUAUCACAGGGUACUAUUUCAGGAGAAUAUUCUGAUUGAGAUGGAGAAUAUUAUCCAAACAGAUGUAAAGACAACAGCUAGGGAUUAUGUAGUUCAAAAAGGCAAAGUCUUACUACAGCCCACUUCAAAACUAGACCCGGGAGACCAGGGAAGCAAAACACCAAGAGGAGAUCAGGGAAACUACACACCAGGAGGAGUCAGGCAGAGCAGCAACCCAAACCCUCCAGAACCCCCUCCAGCAAGCAGUCAAGCCAGCAGAACCAGAGUGGUCAAUGUUGAUAACCUGGAUUUUGACAAGAUAUAUAAUUUAACAUUUAAUAUAAUGAAAUCUGUCUCUGAACUGGGUCAGGAAAAAGAACAGACAAACGAAGAUUCAAAGCGUAUAAAACAAACACGCAGUGGGGGCGAUGUUGAACUGGACGGAUUCGAUGUGACAGUCCAACAUGAAAAUGAACCCCUUGUAAAAGACCGUAUCUCAGAGCAGCAGAACCCAGAUCAGUCAAACCCUACUUAGAGGGAAUAAAGAGUUGAUAACCUGCCUCGUCUCUCCUUAGAAUUAAAGCCUUCCACCUGGUUCAGCAAAUACGAAAGGACACCCAAGCAGUGGUGUUGUGCAUGUUGGGUUAGGCAGAUAUAUGAGUAUAGUAGACAGGGAGGUGGUAGGACAGAUAUAGGAGUAUCGUAGACAGGGAAUGGUAGGACAGAUAUAGGAGUAUAGUAGACAGGGGGUGGUAGGACAGAUAUAGGAGUAUCGUAGACAGGGGGUGGUAGGACAGAUAUAGGAGUAUAGUAGACAGGGAGGUGGUAGGACAGAUAUAGGAGUAUAGUAGACAGGGAGGUGGUAGGACAGAUAUAGGAGUAUAGUAAACAGGGAGGUGGUAGGACAGAUAUAGGAGUAUAGUAGACAUGGAGGUGGUAGGACAGAUAUAGGAGUAUAGUAGACAGGGAAUGGUAGGACAGAUAUAGGAGUAUAGUAAACAGGGAGGUGGUAGGACAGAUAUAGGAGUAUCGUAGACAGGGGGUGGUAGGACAGAUAUAGGAGUAUAGUAGACAGGGAAUGGUAGGACAGAUAUAGGAGUAUCGUGGAAAAGGGGUGGGUAGGACAGACAAACUAUCUUGGGCAAGAAUAUAGAUCUAAUCCCAAACUGAAAUAGCUGAUACAUUUAAAUAAAAUUGUUGAUGAAAUGGUGGUCAGAUUAACUGAUUACUAAAAUAGCAGUGGAGUCUGUGUGCUGUUGAUCGUAACAGAGGCCCAAUGACCAGUGGAAGCAAAAGAUCCUCCACCGUAACAUACAGAACGUAUACAGAACGUAUACAGAACAUACACCUUCAGCACAUGCCUCCGUGUGGUUUGCACUAGCCAACUAAAUAGCUCUAUUUUCAUUUCAUAUGAAAAUGGCAACUUUUCCAAUUCAUGUGCCAGUGCCUUUAAGCAAACUGGAUGUACAGUUGUCAGAUCACUCUGGGAAUUGAAUAGUUUGACCAUGAACAAGUCAUUAGUUUGGUGACAAAACACAAAAGCAUGUGCUAGAAAGUACCUCACCUACAAUAUAUUAUAAUAAUAAUAAUGGUUUGUAAUUAGAUAAUUAGUCUCAGAAUUCUGACAAGCAACCCACCACACGCACCAAACAACAUGUAAAUAAUAUAUGUAUUUGUUUUUUUAAGAUUACAUUCUACAAUUCAAAACAUUUUGACAUGGCUAAGGCACCGUUAUUUGGCUAUAUGUUUUUUAUAAUUAUAUUAAUGGAUGCUUUUAUUUACAUUUUAAUAAUUUAGAAGACACUUUUAUUUUUAGGAUUAUAGAUUCCUUUUUAGGAUUUUGGAAUUGCAUAGUUAUUAUUUGAUAAGAAGGCAUACAAUCCAAUUUAUCUGAUCUUGUAACGGACACACUUGUUACGUGAGUGCAGCGCAUCUGUUCUGGCAGGAAGUAAAUGACUAACAAAGCAAGCAAAUUGAUAACUUGAUCACCAAGCUUAGUGACUUUCAACAUCUCAUGGGGGCGGGGGCUGCAGAUCUAUGGGUGUGGCCUGCAUAUUCUAUGGGUGUGGCCUGUAUGAAAACCUUGAUGUUUAGGGUUUUUAACAGAUUCUCAUUUGUCAUGUUCGUUUGGGUGUUUUUUUUAGGAAGGGAGUGUUGAUUGUGGUUUUUAACUUUUGUCUAUGUAUUAUAUGAAUGUUUUACUGUGAUGUAAGAGAACUCAAAACAGAAAAUAAAUAAUUGUUGCUUCCUUU